AUGCCUGUCUUUGAAGAAAGGGCUUUUGCAUCGAGAGAUUUGAGAAUUCUUCCUCCCAGAGCUACACCCCUACCACGAUUCACGCCUCUGGAUCAGCCAGCGAAGAAUGCUGAUGAAGCCUUUGAGGUGAUAGUAAUCGGUGCUGGUCCAGCAGGACUAUUCUUAACUCUCUUACUGUCCCGACUUGGUUUGUCGGACGGUUCUUUGGUGUGCUUCGACGAGAAACCGGGGACAUUGAAGGCUGGACAGGCAGACGGGCUACAGCCCAGAACACUUGAAGUCUUUCGAUCUCUGGGCUUAUUGAACGAGAUCUAUGACGAUGGCUGCCAUAUGUCUGAGGUUUCCUUUUGGAACCCAUCGUCUGAUGGCAAGGGAAUAGAACGUACCACUUUUGUUCCCGACGUGGCGGUCAGGGCAAGAUACCAGCACGAAAUCACCAUUCAUCAGGGCCGCAUCGAGCGGAUCCUAGAGGAGGACCUGAAGCGAUACAGCAAUCGGAGCAUUGUUCGCAACACCAAAUUUGUCGACUACAAGCUCAGCGGCCAAGAUCCAGAGUACCCCAUCCAAAUUCAGCUCAAGGAAACGAAGGAGGACGGGACGAUUGUCCACAAAACAGUCCGAGCCAAAUAUCUGAUUGGCGCCGACGGGGCUCACUCCCAAGUCAGACGUUCUAUGGGUCUGCGAUUGGAAGGGGAGUCCCAGGAUCACAUCUGGGGCGUCUGCGAUUUUGUGGCCAAAACGGACUUUCCUGACAUUCGAAAACGUUGUGCCAUCCAUUCCCCGGCAGGGUCCAUAAUGGUUAUUCCAAGGGAGCGGAUUUCCGGAGGGGAAUAUUUGACGAGACUAUAUGUUCAAGUCAAAGAUGACAUCACUGAAGGAGAUGAAAGCUUGGGCAACAUGUCUCAAAAGGAGAAGAAUCAGCAGCGCCGUCAGGCCAUCACCCUGGAUUACAUCUUCAACCAAGCCAACCGUGUGCUGGCUCCAUAUAGCAUCGAGGUCAAGGAAGGUAGCGAAGUUGAUUGGUAUGCAGCCUACCAGAUUGGCCAGCGCAUGACAAGCCAUUUCACAUCAAAAGACGACGAGGGUAUGGAAAGGGUUUUUAUCGUCGGGGAUGCUUGUCACACACAUAGCCCCAAGGCUGGUCAAGGCAUGAAUGUGUCCAUGAUGGACUCAUAUAACCUCGCUUGGAAGCUUGUCCACACGAUACACGGCUUGACACCCGCCGCCAAGGGAUCGCACCUCUCUCAGCCUCUUCUAUCCACAUUUUCCACAGAGCGGUUGACGAUUGCACGCCAACUGAUUGAAUUUGACACGAAAUUCUCCUCCAUGUUCAGCGGCGAAAUGGGCCAUGGAAAAGAAACUCAAGCGGUUGCGAACCUCACCCACGAAGAGUUCCUGAAAACAUUCAGCGACGGGAACGGCUUCACCAGCGGCUGUGGCAUCGAAUAUCCACCUGGACUGCUAGUUCGACCAACCGAAGAUCUCAGCGGAUACCCAAUUGCCCCAGGAGGAGAUUAUCUGAAUGGUUGUCUUUGCCCUGGAAGACGGCUAGCUGAUGUGGUAGUAAAACGAUUCGCAGAUGCAAAUCUUCGUCACUUGCAAGAUGACUUCACCUCGAACGGCCGCUACCGUAUUUUGGUAUUCACGUCAGAGGAUAUCCUUUCGCCCCUAGGCAGAAGUGCCAAGGCCAUCGAAAGCAUUUGCGACACGAUAAUCCCAUCUUUCCCGGAGUCUACUAUUGAGCUUGUUGUCGUCCAUCCCCUCCAGACACAGCGAUUUGAAUGGACGGAUAUCCCGUCGCAGAUCAAAUCGAUGGCUGAAAUGCAGUUCCACGGGUCGUGCGCUGGUGAGGAUGUUUACUCUGUUUAUGGUGUUCAGAAAGCUCUUGGAGCCGCUGUCAUUGUUCGUCCCGAUGGAUAUGUAGGCGUUAUAGCCUCCUUGGACAAUGUCUCAUUAUUGGGGGUAUACCUAGAAGAUUUGAGGGCUCGCAUGUGA